CUCUUGUUUAUCUUGGUGGUAGUGAAAGCCGUGUGUGGUUGCUUAGUGCGCCUUGCCAAGAUCCUAUGCCUACAUUUGUUCUCGGAGGGAAAUUAUUUCAUUAGGUUGAACAUCUGUUUUUUUUAAUCGCAAGUAGUUUGACGUAAAGAGCGCGUCCUGAUACAGCAGGGACGUUGGGGAUUCCUAGGGAUGACAUGUGGUAUGUGGUGUGCAGCCAGGAAUUGCUCGCGAGACUUAAGCGCUACUUCAAACGUGUUUUGAGACGAUGCGUUGUGGUGGCUUUUAAAGUGAAAGCGAGUGCUAGAAGUCCUAAAGGGAACGGUGUUUAUGUCACAGCAGUGACAAUGAAUCUUCCUCGUCGCAGGCCGACUGUCAUGAUGAUGGAGUUGAGUCACAGCCUCACACUGAACGAGGAGGCUUUGAAGCAGAUCCCAGAAGCAAAGCGCCCGGUUUUCGUCUUCGAAUGGCUCCGUUUCCUCGAUAAGGUGCUUGUUGCAGCGCAGAAGUCUGACAUCAAGGGCUGUCAGAAGAAGCUUGUGGAACAGCUAACACAGCACAUUCAAGAGUCUCCAGGUCCCCCUACACGCAAACUUAUAGCCCGUUGCCUUGCCACGCUGUUUAGUGUGGGUGAUACCUUUCUUCUUUUUGACACAGUCAAUAAGUGUAAUGAUAUCUUGAAGAACAAGGAUGACUCGCCCAGCUUUCUUCCUACUCGGCUGGCAGCUAUUUGUUGUGUGGGUUGCAUGUACGAGAAAUUGGGCCGGAUGAUGGGGCGAUCCUAUGAAGAAACUGUUCAGAUCCUCAUCAAAUCCCUGAGGAGUGCAGAAUCACAAACACGCAUUGAGAUAAUGCUUACCUUGGAAAAGGUGUGUUCUGGUAUGGGAAAUGCCAUCUCAAAUGUGCAUAAAGAAAUAUACAAGGCAGCCCGUCAUUGUUUGACAGAUCGUGUAAUGGCUGUUAGGUGUGCUGCUGCUAAGUGUCUUCUGGAGAUGUUGAACCAUGCACCGUUUCUGUACACAACAGAGCUAGAGAGCUUGGCAACACUGUGUUUCCGAGCAUUUGAUGGUUCCAAUUAUGAAGUACGAUGUGCUGUUGCAAAGCUGUUGGGAACUUUGAUAGCCACCACACAACAGACACAGAAAGGAAAUCCUGCAGCCCAUCAGAACAAAGGCUUCAAACCAAUUUCCUUAGAAGAAUCGUUAGGAGUGUUGAUGUCUGGCUUUUUAAGAGGAGGAGUUGGGUUCCUAAAGGGCACUGGAGAAAUGAUAAAAGGGAGUUCUGGUGUCAAUAGGGAAGUUCGUGUUGGUGUUACACAUGCAUAUGUGAUUUUUGUGCAAAUCCUUGGAGGAGUAUGGCUAGAGCGCAAUAUCACAACUCUGCUUACACAUGUCCUGGAUCUAGUAGCAAACCCAAAAGCAGCAUCAUCCCAUGUAGAUGCUGUCUACUCUCGCAAAUGCAUUAACUUCAUUCUCAGGAGUGUUUUGGGUCGCAUGCUGGGAGAGAAGGCACAAGCUUCUGCCUGCAAGGAGAUAGCUCACAUUGUCAUCAAGCAGAUGAAUUCUAUUGACUUUAAUCCAGAGAAUGCAAAGGAUUUUAAUCAGGAGACCCUCUUCAGUCAGCACCUGUUGGUUUGUGCUUUGCAAGAGAUGGGAAGUAUUAUUCUUGGGCUUGGAACCACAGCUGGCAACCUCCUCACUGACCAGUCACUAAGUUUGAUUGAAGCCAUAAUGGCAGUGCUGAUCCAUCCCUGCCAAGCUGCUAGACUAGCAGCUGCAUGGUGCCUUCGCUGUAUCUGUGUGGCUGUACCAAGCCAAAUAACACCUCUCAUUGACAGAUGUGUAGAGGGCAUAGAAAACAUGCGAACAUCUCCUGAAGCUAUUGCUGGGUAUAGUGGUGCACUAGCAGCUGUGUUGGGUGGCGUUCGAUUGUCUCCCUUGGGUGUUCCACACACUAAAGGGAAGGUGAUAUUUAACACAUCUGAAGAACUGUUGCGCAGUGCAAGUCAAAACAGCAGAUUGUCUCUUAACAGAACUCAGGCUGGUUGGCUGCUGAUCGGUGCUAUUAUGACACUGGGUGUUCCUGUGGUGCGUGGUCUGUUGCCCCGAAUGCUGUUACUGUGGAGAAAUUCCUUUCCACGUUCAAAUAAAGAACUGGAAUCAGAAAAGGCAAGAGGAGAUGCAUUUACGUGGCAGGUGACUUUGGAGGGAAGAGCUGGAGCUCUGUCUGCAAUGCACAGUUUUGUUCAGAACUGCCCCGAGUUGGUUACUGAGGACAUCAUCAGACGAUUGCUUACUCCAAUUGAAUCUGCCCUUGCAAUGCUAACAAAUAUAUCUACCGUCUUAAAAACAUAUGGGCAACACCUGAAGGCACCAGCUGCUAUGGUGAGGUUGAGAUUAUAUGAAACAUUGUUACUUCUCCCUUCACAUGCAUUUGAAGCUUCGUACACACAUUUGUUAAGAAUGCUUGUAGCAGAAUUCACUCUGACUGAAAACCCUGCUAACACAACUACAUCACUGCUUCGCACUGUAUGUCAUGCUGAUGACUCAGUUAUUUUAGGAACAUGGCUGCAAGAAACAGAUCACCGCACCAUAGAAGAUCAGAUGGAGCCUAAUCGCAGAGCUGAUGGAGAUCAUCUUCAGCCAAACAGUGCUGCUGGUUCUGGGGCUUUGGAGCACGACUCAUGUUGCUUGUAUCGACCAGUAUCUCCUGGUGAAUUUGUUCCUGGGCCACUUCCACUGGGUGUUGCUGUCAUUGACAUGUCAGUGUCCCUGUUUGGUCAGAUCUUCCCACGUGUUGCCAAUAAGCAUCGCUUGCAGAUGUUGGACCACUUUGCAGAAUGUAUACGCCAUGCUAAGUCUUCACGCCAAGAAGCAGUACAAAUGAAUGUGUUCACCGCUGUUCUUAGUGGCCUCAAGGGACUUACAGAGGCCAAAACAACCUUUGGUCAAGAUGAUGUGAAAAAGUCAGCUGCAUCCCUUAUAAUUGGUGCUCUGACAAGCAGUAACCCUAUCCUGAGGUGUGCUGCAGGAGAGUCACUUGGACGCAUGGCACAGGUGGUAGCUGACUCGCGAUUCACUGCAGAGCUGGCACAGACAAGUUUUGAUAGGCUCAAAUCAGCUCGUGAUGUGGCUUCAAGGACAGGACAUUCACUUGCUCUAGGCUGUCUCCAUCGUUAUGUGGGAGGCAUGGGGUCCAGCCAGCAUCUCAUCACUAGUGUUAGCAUAUUGCUAGCACUGGCACAGGAUGCAACAUCUCCUGUUGUGCAGGUGUGGUCUUUACAUGCACUCGCCCUAAUUGCAGACUCUGGUGGACCCAUGUUUCGAGGCUAUGUCGAACCAUCUCUGUCAUUGGCUCUUAAAUUGCUGCUCAAUGUACCACAGUCCUACAUUGAUGUGCACCAGUGUAUUGGCAAAGUUUUGUCAGCUCUCAUUACCACUGUAGGACCUGAGCUUCAAGGCAACACCACAUCAAUCUGCAUGGCUCGUUCGUCUUUCCUAUGCGCAUGUGCUAUCAUGCAGGAUCACCAAGAUCCAUUGGUUCAAGCUGAGGCAACAGCUUGUUUGCAGCAACUGCACCUGUUUGCACCCCGUCAUGUUAACCUCUCCUCCCUUGUACCAACACUAUGUCGUACUUUAUCGAGUAAUCAUUUGUUACUACGGAAAGCUGCAAUUUCAUGCUUACGACAACUUGCCCAGCGAGAAGCUAAAGAAGUAUGUGAACAUGCCAUGACUCUUGCCAGUGAGAGUAGAGAUACCAACAUUGUAGAAGGUUUAGUGAUCACUGAUAGUGGUCUGCCUGGAGUGCUGUUCAGCAUGCUUGACACUGAGACAGACAGCAGACUUAUCAAAGACAUCCAUGACACUUUGACAAGCAUGUUACAGAUGAUGGCUGCAGAUAACCUGUCACAGUGGCUGUCCCUCUGUAAAGAUGUCCUCACUGUUGCCACAGAAUCUAGUAGCGUUGGAGAUGAGAUAGUUGGAGUUAUAGGUGGUGGAGAGGUGGAGGAAGGAGAAGAUGUGGAGCCAGAUGAUGAUCAGGCUGAGUUUCAUGCUGCAGAUGAUCAUUCAACACACCCUGCAGUACAACCACGUUGGCCCACCAGGGUGUUUGCUGCAGAAUGUGUUCGUAGGAUUAUAGUGGCAUGUGAAGGAAAUAAGAGUGCCCACUUUGAUCUCUCAUUAGCCAAAGAGAUGCAACUCACCAAAAGUAGAGGAGACUAUCUGGUUUUACAUCUGUCAGAUUUAGUGAGGAUGGCUUUCAUGGCAGCAACCAGUGACUCAGACCCCCUACGACUUGAAGGCCUCAAAACACUGCAUGAGGUGAUAGAUAAGUUUGCCCGUGUGCCAGAGCCAGAGUUUCCAGGACACCUUUUGCUGGAGCAGUUCCAAGCCCAGGUGGGUGCAGCUUUACGGCCAGCAUUCUCUCCAGAGACUCCAUCCCAUGUGACAGCAGCAGCAUGUCAGGUUUGCAGUGCAUGGAUUGGAAGUGGAGUUGCUCGUGACCUGAAUGACCUGCGGCGAGUUCAUCAGCUGCUUGUUUCGUCCCUGGAAAAGCUCCGUCGGGGCACAUCUACUAUUCAGUUAUACAAUGAGAGCCUUGCCACACUCGAACGGCUUGCCAUUCUUAAGGCUUGGGCUGAAGUGUAUAUAGUAGCGAUGAUAGGGAAUGGCUCAGCUCCUGGUUGUCUAAACACAAACCCCAAACCUGCACCUUCUAACAUAUCGCCUGAUAAAGAUGAAGAGGAUUUUGGUGAUUUUGAAUUCAGAGGAGAGAGUCUCCUGAACCUGGUGCAGCCAGAACUAGUGAGUUUGUCUCAGCACUGGUUAGCAGCACUCCGGGAUCAUGCAUUGCUUUCUCUGCCACCAGAGUUUGCUAGUCAGCUGCCUCACGAUGGAGGAGCAUUCUACACGACAGACACCAUGGAGUCUUCCCGACCUCACUAUGCAGCCUCAUGGCCCCCUAUUCUACAUGCUGCUGCCCUAUGGCUGAAUGUGAGUGGAUUUGAUAGCAGACCAACCAAUGCUUCCCCUGUGCCAAACAAUAACAACAGUGAUAAAGCUGGAGAUUCUGCUUCUGACAGAUUUCAUCUCCUGUUCGGAAUAUGUAUGGAAGCAAUGUGCAGUACAAGGUCUUCAGAACCCAUUGAGAGUGUUAUAACAUGUCUACAAGCCUUGUACACACUGCUAGAUUCUGAUUGUCCUAGAGAAAUUCUCAUGGGUGACAGGUCUCUUGGAAUUGAGCUCUGCAAUGUGCUGCACAGGUUGAUAUUAACAAGAGACAGUCUUUAUGUUCAACUUAUGGUAAUGGAAGUGCUUAAGCAAGUGAUGAAAGCUGCUCAAGAAACCUUUGAUACAUACAAAAAGAAGAAAAUUAAAGAAAUGGUGCCAGCAAAUCAGGAAUCUCGUGCAACACAAGAAGUAGAUUUACUGGGAGAAGGUGGUAGCACUGGUGAUAUUGUACCCGGACAGUCCUUGGUGUUCGCAGUGUUGGAAGUGUGUCUAUGUCUGUUGGUACGCCAGCUACCUGUGUUAAAUCCUUCACCUGGACCUGUCCCCAUAGUCAGACAGCAUCACACUCUUCCCCCUACAGAGGAGUCAGGACAAUUGAUAGCCGCUGCUCUUUCCACUAUGGAAUGUUUACCUAGACUCUGCUCCCCACAGGGUGCUGUUGCUAUCUUGCCAACCAUUCUGUACCUCACCACUGGAGUGAUCAAAGAGACUGCCACAAAGAGUAUCCAUGAUCCAACUGUAAUAGCCACUGCUGUUCCUGUCACAGCUGCUCUCCACUGUUUGAGAACCCUAGUCACUGAUAAGUACUGUAAGGAUGAGAGGUCAGGAGAGGACUGGCGUAAACUGUUGCAGAGUGCUCUUGCAAAAGUAAUUGAUCUUGCCAAGACAGGUUCAGAUGAGACUAAGUUGGAUGAGGUGACAAUGCUGUUGGCUAUUGCAGUGUUUGUUCUGCAUGCUCCAGCUGAAGUGGUUUGUGCCCCAAACUUACAGUAUCCCUGCAUCAAUCAGUUCAAACAAUGUUUGCAGAGCAACAACAUUACAGUGAGGCUGAAGUGUGUGCAGACAAUGCGCACAAUUUUUGCACAUUCGGACCGCAAUGUUGCCACACCAUAUAUCCAUGCCUUGGCACCACGCCUUGUUGAGUUUCUGUACUCUGAAACAAGCAAGCAGUUGGCAUCAGAUGUUGAACUCUCACUUACUCUGGAGAGCAUCCAGACAGUUGAAACACUCAUCACACUUGCCGAACCAAAACACAGAGAUUUAAUGCAAGGAGUUCAAAUGCUUACACUCUUAGUUCCAAUCCUGGUGAACUGCCUUCUUGAAGGUCCUGCUCUCAAAGAGGCUAAUAACUUCACCCGAAUUCUUCAUGAACAGAGCUUGCAAAAACUUAUGAAGAUUGGGCCACAGUAUCCACAGGAGUUCAAGGCACUGAUGUCACAGUCUGGUGAACUCAGAAGCAAACUGGAAGCUGCUGUGCGGUCAAGUCAACAGGCUCAGCAAAGAUCCAAGCUGGAGUCAAACGCUACCAAGCUACCAUUAGCCCAGACUCCAACAAUUAAGCUUAAAACUGACUUCAGUAACUUCACAUCAUAGACAAAAAAUAUUGUCAUGAUAUGGGAACAUAGAAAAAAGGUACCAGCAACACUUUUCCUGGAUCACAAGACAAGCUCAGAUAUUGAGUCUGUUUUCUAGAAGUACAAUUAAUGUAGUUCUAUCAUAGAUACCUACUGCCAACUUUAAUGUUUUCCUUUUUCAUUUCAUUCCUUCUUGCUGAUAUCUGUAAGAUUUUUAGUCAGUGACCAGAACAGACUAUGUCAUUUUUCUUUUACUGUUAUUUUUGAUCUGUCAAAUCACAAGACCCAUUUGGCACUCAGUGUCACAGUGAUUCUUGGAUUUACAGGAAUGAAUGAUGAAUGAAUGAUUGAUUGAUUGAUUGAUGGAUGGAUGGAAUGAUGUAUCGCAUCCAUCUGGUAUAAUUUAUUACAUGCCAUACUUCUUAAUAUCUAAACUGUUUUAGCUCCAUCUAUUCUGUCCAUUGGUCUUUGCCUGAAUAGUCAUAUUGAAACAAUUUUAAUUUUUCUUUUAAAUUUACUUUUUAAAUUACCUAUUUAUUCCUCCAUUAAUAACAAAUUAUAUUUAAUAUUUUUGUGAUGAAGUAUGUUUCUUUGAACUGAUAAUUUAUCAGUAUUAUUUUAUUAUAAAUGAUUUUGAAUUCUUUAAUUAAAAAUAUCAAUAAUUAGCCUAAUUUUUGUUUAUGUCAUUUGACAUAGUGUUCAUUUCCUGCCUUUCCUUUAUUUAUAUGUGUAGAUGUAUUUAUUACCUGAGACUAAGAAUAUGUUACAGGACAAAAUUACUAUGCUGACUGAAAUCAUGAAUAUUCUUAGGUUACAGAAUCACAAAAAAAGUAUGAGUAACACUGGGAGAGCUGAUUGUGUGACAUGUCUUGCAGAAUAAGGAAAUGUAUGCUCAGUCAGCAAAUAUAGUUAGGAAAUCAUAUUCAUAUAUGCAAGAAUAACAGUAUAUUCCUCAUUAACAUUCCUAGCAAAGAAAAUGGUUCAUAUUUGUAGAUAUUAAUAGAUGUUCUUCCAUGUGUUCUACUGUUAGGCACAGCAAAGAGUUGAGCAUUGUUUUUAUCACUUGUGAAAACAGGAUUUCCAUAUUCUCAGAUUCUGAAAUAUGAAGUAUCUGAUGAAUAGAAGGGAGACCAAUAUGGAGAGGCUUUGUGGGUUUUUGACUGUUCCUUAGAGCAUUGUGAUAAUACUUUCCUUUUUAUCUUUACCAAUUUCUAAUUCAAAAUAACCCAUAUCAUUAAAAUUAGAAGCCUAGUAGUUUAUUCACAAAACCUAUUUUCCAAUGGUAAUGUGGGACAUCAAAUAUAAAAGUAUAGUGCACUUAAGGUGGAAGUUCAUUAAUAAUACUGUUACAUCGUCAUCUCCAUUUCCAUUACUGCACAAUUUAAAUAUCAUAAUUCCUACCUUGGUCUACAUAAGUGUUACAUCUGUUUUACAUGGUGCAACUUUUUGCCUGUAAUAUUUGUUACUAGCUCCUUUUAUAUAAAUUCCUUAGUGAAGAUUAAUGUUACACAUUAGUAAAUCAUUACCCCUCUCCUUUCUCUUUUACAUCUUUUAGCUAAAUAAUAUAUUUCCAUAACCCAAUUAGAUAAUUCCAUAAUCCUUAUUAGACAAUUUGAAGUUGACUGUGAUGCUCAUACCAGUAAGCAGGGUCAAAAUUAAACUCUAGAUGGAAUAGUCAUAAUUGAUAUGGAAUGAAUAUUUGAUACAGUGGAGCCAGUCUAUGGAAAACACAGUGUCUUUUUGUAUCACACAGAUUAUACCUUUUUAUAAGUUUCAAAAGAAACUUGACAUUAAAACUGCUGUGAUUUGCUAAGAUAGCUACACUGUACUUAUGAAUGUCUUACCAAGCGUGAUACAGUACAGAUGUACAUUACAUUUAUGUACUAUAAUGCAGACUGAUAGUAAUAUUAUAUUCUCCUCUUUUCCUGUAGUUAAUAAUAGGUUUAUGAUGGUUGUGUUUGUAGGGAAUUGGUGUAAUUGAUUAUAGAAAAAAUAGUUGAAUAAAUCAAUUGUAAUUAGUA